AUGAAUCACUCAUCUGUGUCCAUAUCUGAAUUUGUGUUGAACUGUGAAAUCAACUCUCAACAGAAGAGCUACACCACUCCUAUUCUCACAAUGGUCUAUUUGGCGACACUCUUAGGGAAUUUCCUGGUAAUUGUUGUCAUAAAAAUAAAUCGUCACUUGCAGACGCCCAUGUACAUCUGUAUUGCGAUUUUAGCCAUAAUCGAUCUACUGAACAGCACCAACAUCACUCCGACAAUCAUUGCAGUUCUCCAGGACGUUUCCACUGUCCAACAUGGACUUUGCUUACUUCAGACAAUUUUAGUCUUGUAUUUGGAGGCUGUGGAAUCCCUCCUGUUGGCACUCAUGGCGUGCGAUCGCUAUGUAGCAGUUGUUCAUCCACUUCGCUAUCCUUCCCUCAUCACCAAUAAAACUGUCCUAUGUAUGAUUCUGAUCUUAAACAUCAUUACAGCGAUCUUCAUUUUUCCCUACAUGGUUUUCGUAGCUGAGUUUUCUUUUUGUAACACUAAUGUUCUCAAUUAUUGUUUCUGUGAUUAUGUUUCAAUGGUUAAAAUAGCUUGUAACCAAGAUCCAAAGUACUUAAAUAUUUUUGUCCCCACCACCAUUGUUUUUGGUGCAUGUCCCUUUGCAUUGAUUUUGGUUUCCUACUUUAGGAUUGCUGAUGCCGCUUUGAAGAUCUCAUCUGCUGAAGGAAAGAACAAAGUUUUCAAUACUUUGACCACUCAUCUGCUAGUGGUGGGACUCUUUAAUGUUCCGAUUUUAACAUCUUACGCGUUGACAGGAAUGGGGGUGAAGCUGUCAACGGAAGCCUACAGCACCAUGAUCAUCGUUGGGAACAUCGUACCUCCAAUGCUCAAUCCCAUAAUAUACAGCUUUAGGAAUAAAAAAAUCAAAGGUAGCAUCCAGAAACUUUUUAAAGGCACAAAAACACACCUAGAAAUGUGA